UGGAACACUCCGGAUGCAAGCGAGAAGCGAUGCAGUCCUCUUUUCCCUUCUCAAGGCCCCAUACUUCCGCCUCAUCUCUCCGCACCCCGCACCCCACACCCACACUGUUGGGAUCACGCCGGUCUUUAGCACGACCUACCAAGUACGCUGGUCUAUAUAGUGCAGCUGUGCCUCCGCAAACAUGAUCGUCAGCUACUUCUCUACUACUGUUUGCUAUUUCAACGACAAUCAUCAUGGUGUUAUCCGGCUAUCCCCUCGAGGUUGCUCUCACUGUGGCCAAUUCGGCUGCUCAGGCAUGGUAUGGAUAUGAUCAAGGUGUCAUCAGUGGCAUUCUCAUCAGUCCUUACUUCAUCUCAACUUUCCCUCAAACGAAGAACUCCAACACUCAAGGUAUCACUGCUAGUUGCUUCUCGCUCGGAAAUCUGGCGGGUUGCUUGUUUGCCGCCUUGUUCGGAAAUCGUCUAGGUCGCAAAAACACAUUGAGAACUGGAGGCACCGUCUCAGCUAUUGGAGCAAUACUUCAGUUCUCAGCUACGAGUUUUCCUCAGCUGAUCGUGGGUCGAGUCAUCAAUGGCAUGGGCAAUGGAAUGACGAGUUCGACCUGUGGCAUGUAUCAAGCCGAGUCUUGUCGAGGACCUCGACGAGGAAAGCUCUCUGUGAUUGUCGUGCUGCAUAAUGUUGUCUUCUACUGCUUCGCUAGCUGGCUUACCUUGGCUUGCUCGUACAUCAACAAUAGCGCUCAAUGGAGAUUACCCCUGGCACUUCAACUCAUUCCAUGUCUUGCAAUGUUCUCCCUGCUCCCACUCCUUCCCGAGUCUCCUCGCUGGCUCGUCAUGCAAGACCGCAUGGACGAUGCUCAAGACGCCCUCUGUCGCUACCUCGGCAAAGACCUUUCACCAGACGACCCAGAAGUCCUCCGAGAACUAGCUUCCAUCGAAGAAGCCUACAAACUCGAAGUACAAUCCAGAAUCUCGUUCAAAGAAGUCAUCAUGUGCCGCGACCGGUCUCGACAUCUCCACCGUCUUCUCCUAGGAAUGGGUGGUCAGUUUAUGCAGCAGUUCGGUGGGAUCAAUGCUCUUAAUUACUACUUUCCAAUCAUCCUUGAGGACAAUAUUGGUCUAUCUACGCUGAUGGCGAGAAUUUUGACCGGGUGCAAUGCUACCAGUUAUAUGAUAUCGUCAGCACUCGCUUUCUGGAUGAUUGAGCGAGCGGGACGUCGAACACUCAUGCUGAGUGGUUUGGGUUUGCAAUGUCUGGCAUAUGUGAUGGUCGCUAUUGCGAUUGCUCUGCAGAGCGAGGCUCCUUUCCAGUGGGGUGCCGUUGCAAUCACUUUCCUCUUCUUCUACUACGCUGCAUUUGGUUGCACUUGGGGAAUGGUACCUUGGGUAUACCAAGCAGAAAUCAAUUCCCUAGCCAUGCGAACAAAGGGUUCUGCUGCAGCUACUGCCACAAAUUGGCUCUUCGGUUUCGUUUGCACUCAAUUCACUCCCACUGGUAUCAAGAACAUUGGGUAUAGAUUUUACAUCAUUUUCGCCGCAUUCAACCUACUCUUUGUACCAAUCGUCUACUCCCUGUAUCCCGAGACCUCGAAUCGUACUCUCGAAGAUAUCGACGAGUAUUUUGAUGUCGAUUCUGGACACACGACAAUCAUUCCGAUCGGGGACAAGGCAACGAAGUCUACGGCGAGACCGCAGGAGGCUAUCGAUGCAGAGGUACGACGUGUUGAGACGGCUACUACGUUGGUGGGGAAGAAGACGGAUGAUCCGACGAGCGUGCAUGUUGAGAGAUUGGGGGCGCAGUGAGAUACAGAGUAGGAAAGCCUGAAGAGGGAUAAAUGUGGAGUCGAUGGUACAUGGUGUGAAGGUGUCGAUUGUGAUUUUUUGUGGAUUAUGACGAACAAUGAG